GGUAACCAGGGAGCGGGCCAGCUGAUCGUCGUGUUCCGGGUCGUAGAAGGACACCGCCCGCCCGGUGUUGCCGCACCGGCCAGUUCUCCCGAUCCGGUGCACGUACUCGUCCACAUUGUUGGGGAGGUCAAAGUUCACCACGUGCUGCACGUCCGGGAUGUCCAGGCCGCGGGCGGCCACGGAGGUGGCCACCAGGAUGGGACACUUGCCGGAGCGGAAGUCUGCCAGGGCCUGCUCGCGCUCCCGCUGCUCCCGGUCCCUGCCAGACACGUGACCCCGAGAUUAACCAAUAAACGAGGAGGAGAGCAUCUGCCGUGUCGUUUAAAUACCCGUGGAUGCUGGUGGUUGGAAUCUUCUCCUGGCACAGCAGGCCCGCAGAAGGAUAAGAACACUCACAAACAGCAACAGAUAACAAAACAACUGAGGAUAAAGUCUCGUAUGAAUUCCGACGAGAAGGAGGACUGUGAGUGUGCGACACCACAGGCCGAGACUAGCCCCGCGAGAGGACCUGAUAGAGAAUACGAGGAGCCUGACCUAGAAAACCCAGAAGCAAGCCGAAUGAAGCGAGCGGCUGCUAAACAUCUAAUAGAGCGCUAUUACCACCAGUUAACGGAGGGCUGUGGGAAUGAGUCUUGCUCCAACUCGUGGUGUGCCUCGUCGGAGGGAUUCAGCCGCAUGGAUAACAACGCAGCAGCGGUCAAGGCUCUAGAGCUCUACAAGGUUAACGCCAAACUAUGUGACCCGCACCCCUCGAAGAAAGUCACGGCUUCCACCUACCUGGACAGCAGCACUCGCAGCAACUCGGUCUGCACCAAUAGGAAGAUGAACCACAAAGACGUCAACGCUGUACGAGACAAUUUCAAAGAUGUCAACUACCUGACAGAGGAGAAAGUCUAUGAGAUCUUGGACAUCUGUGGAGAGAAAGAGGACUACUCCCCGCUGAUCCGAGUAAUAGGUCGGGUCUUCUCCAGCGCCGAGGGCCUGGUGCAGAGCUUCAGGAGGUCCAAGCCCCACACCAAGGAAGAGCUGAAGUCCCUCCAGGGUAAAGACGAGGACAAGGACGAGGACGAGAAGGAGGCGGCCGCGUCCUCGGCCACGGCCAUGGAGGAAGACUCCCCGACCUCCUCGUCCUUCUCCAGGCUCGGCGAGGGCUCCUCCGGGGAGAACGACGUCCAAAAACUGGCCCCGGACGAGGUGUCGGUGGACAUCGAAGCCGUGCGCCGGGUCUACGAGCGCCUCCUGUCCAACGAGAAGAUAGAGGCGGCCUUUUUGAACGCGUUGGUCUACCUCUCGCCGAACGUCGAGUGCGACCUGACUUACCACAACGUGUACUCGAGGGACCAGAACUAUCUGAACCUGUUUGUCAUAGUGAUGGAAAACAGCAACCUUCACAGCCCCGAGUACCUGGAGAUCGCCUUGCCGCAGUUUUGCAAGGCCAUGAGCAAGCUGCCCCUGCCGGCCCAGGCCAAGCUGGCCCGCCUGUGGGCGCACUACAGCGCCGAGCAGAUCCGGCGGAUGAUGGAGACCUUCCAGCAGCUGAUCACCUACAAGGUGAUCAGCAACGAGUUCAGCAGCCGGAACCUGGUCAACGACGACGACGCGGUGGUGGCCUCCACCAAGUGCUUGAAGAUCGUCUACUACGCCAACGUGCUGGGCGGCGACCUGGACACGGAGCACAACGAGGAUGAGGACGACGAGCCCAUCCCGGAGUCCAGCGAGCUGACCCUGCAGGAGCUUCUGGGUGAGGAGCGCCGCAACAAGAAGGGCCCGCGCGUGGACCCGCUGGAGACGGAGCUGGGCAUCCGCACCAACGACUGCCGGCGGCCGCUGGUCCCCUUCGAGGAGUUCGUCAACGAGCCCCUGAACGAGGUGCUGGAGAUGGACAAGGACUACACCUUCUUCAAGGUGGAGACGGAGAACAAGUUCUCCUUCAUGACCUGCCCCUUCGUCCUGAAUGCCGUCACCAAGAACCUGGGCCUGUACUACGACAACCGCAUCCGCAUGUACAGCGAGCGGCGCAUCACCGUGCUGUACAGCCUGGUGCAGGGCCAGCAGCUCAACCCGUACCUGCGGCUGAAGGUGCGGCGGGACCACAUCAUCGACGACGCCCUGGUCCGGCUGGAGAUGAUCGCCAUGGAAAACCCGGCGGACCUGAAGAAGCAACUCUACGUGGAGUUCGAGGGGGAGCAAGGCGUGGACGAGGGAGGCGUGUCCAAAGAGUUCUUCCAGCUCGUCGUCGAGGAGAUCUUCAACCCCGAUAUCGGCAUGUUCACGUACGACGAGCGCACCAAGCUGUUCUGGUUCAACCCGUCGUCGUUCGAGAACGACGGCCAGUACACGCUCAUCGGCAUCGUCCUGGGCCUGGCCAUCUACAACAACUGCAUCCUGGACGUGCACUUCCCCAUGGUGGUGUACCGGAAGCUGAUGGGCAAGAAAGGAACGUUCCGGGACCUGGCCGACGCCAACCCGGUUUUGCACCAGAGUCUGAAGGAGCUGCUGGAGUACGAAGGCAGCGUGGAGGAGGACAUGAUGAUCACCUUCCAGAUUUCCCAGACGGACCUGUUCGGCAACCCGCUCAUGUACGACUUAAGGGAAAACGGGGACAAGAUUCCAGUCACGAACGAGAACCGAAAGGAGUUUGUCGCACAAUAUUCAGAUUACAUUUUGAACAAAAGCGUGGAGAAACAGUUCAAAGCGUUCAGGAGAGGCUUCCACAUGGUCACCAACGAGUCACCACUAAAAUACCUGUUCCGGCCGGAGGAGAUCGAGCUCCUCAUCUGCGGCAGCCGGAACCUGGAUUUCCUCGCACUGGAGGAGACGACGGAAUACGACGGCGGUUAUAACAGAGAUUCUCGAAUCAUAAAGGAGUUUUGGGAAACGUUGCACUCGUUCGGUGAGGAACAGAAGCGCCUCUUCCUCCAGUUCACCACCGGCACCGACAGAGCCCCCGUGGGGGGGCUGGGCAAGCUGAAGAUGAUCAUAGCCAAGAACGGCCCCGACACGGACAGCAAGGAAAAGCUGAGAGAGAGACUGCUGAAAGCCAUCACCUACGCCAAAGGGUUUGGCAUGCUC